AUGGCAGGAGGAGGUUUUGUUUCUUCUGGUCAAGUAGGAAACUACGAAGGCCGUGUAACCGGCUUCGUGAUCAUUGCGUGCUUGGUGGCUGCUACCGGUGGCCUCAUUUUCGGCUAUGAUAUUGGGAUCUCGGGAGGUGUUACAUCGAUGGAUGAAUUCCUUGAAAAGUUCUUUCCCCAAGUGUACAAAAAGAUGAAAAAUGAUUCCGGGGACAGUAAUCAGUAUUGCAAAUUCCAAAAUCACUUGCUAACGCUAUUCACGUCAUCACUUUACCUUGCAGCACUUAUCGCUUCCUUUUUUGCUUCUGCGACCACAAGAGCUUUAGGCCGAAAGGUCUCCAUGACCAUUGGAGGUGUAAUCUUUCUUAUUGGCGCUCUACUAAAUGGUGCUGCUCAAAAUAUCCUAAUGCUUAUCAUUGGCCGUAUCUUGCUAGGUAUUGGCAUUGGAUAUGCAAACCAGUCCGUUCCCGUGUACUUAUCGGAGAUGGCACCACCGAAACUAAGAGGAGCGCUCAACAUCGGUUUCCAAAUGGCGACGACCAUUGGCAUUUUUGGUGCGAAUCUCAUAAACUAUGGCACAGCAAAAAUGCAGCAUAAUGGGUGGAGAGUUUCCUUGGGUCUGGCUGGUGUACCAGCAGUAAUUAUGACUGUUGGAUCAAUCUUCUUACCAGACACUCCCAAUUCCCUGAUCGAGAGAGGCAAAAAUGAGAAGGCUAGAGAAAUGUUGCAGAAAAUCCGUGGCACGCCCAAUGUGGACGAAGAGUACAACGAUCUGUUGGAUGCAAGUGAAGCUGCAAAGGAAGUCGAGCAUCCAUGGAGAAAUAUCAUGGAACGAAAGUACCGGCCUCAGCUCGUCAUUACCUGCCUCAUCCCAUUCUUCCAACAACUCACAGGAAUAAAUGUUAUUAUGUUUUAUGCCCCAGUUCUUUUCAAAACUUUAGGAUUUGGUGACGACGCUGCUCUAAUGUCAGCAGUCGUAUCAGGCCUUGUCAAUGUAUUUGCAACUACAGUCUCAAUCUUCAGCGUAGACAGGUUUGGUAGGAGAGCCUUGUUCCUUGAAGGUGGACUUCAGAUGAUCAUUGCCCAGAUUGGCGUUGGAGUCUUGAUUGGUUCGGUGUUUGGAGUAUCGGGCGAGGGAAGCUUCAGCAAAGGCCUCGGCAAUCUUGCGCUGAUUUUGAUAUGUGUCUACGUAGCUGCAUUCGCGUGGUCUUGGGGACCAUUGGGUUGGUUAGUGCCAAGUGAAAUAUUUCCAUUGGAAAUCAGGUCGGCAGGGCAGUCGAUCAACGUCUCAAUUAACAUGUUUUUCACAUUCAUCAUCGCCCAGCUCUUCCUUUCCAUGCUUUGCCACAUGAAAUUCGGUCUCUUCUUCUUCUUCGGGGGAUGGGUCGUGAUAAUGACAACUUUCGUCUACUUUUUCGUGCCUGAGACGAAGAAUGUCCCCAUUGAGGAAAUGAACAGAGUAUGGAAGAAUCACUGGUUCUGGGGACAAUACAUUCCAGAUGAUGCUGUUGGUCUUGCCAAUCAUCAUCACAAAGUCGAGGUUUAG